UUUGAGAAAUUGUAAUCACCACUGGUCACUGUCAAAAACAUCCUCCUGUUGACAAAUGAAAUGUGACAGUGUUGCACAGUGCUUAGAUCAUUGUCUGGUUAUUCUAACUGUAUAACUGUAAGGAGGGUGUUCUGAUUUUCUGACACAAUGGACAAAUGCCCAGUGUAAUGGAGAAAUAUGAUGAGGAUAUUUAUGAAAACCCCUUCUACACAACGCUGCAGAAUGAGUUUAGCCAACUGUAUGAUGAGGUUACAUCACUCAGAUGCACGCUAUGCAUUCCACAGUACUCUGUGGCAGAGAAGGAGAAAAUAUCAGAGGCGGACCUGAAGGAUCACAUCCUUAUUACUGAGGGAGGUGAUGAUAGGUUGAAAACAUGGUCUGGUAAGAAUGUUAAAAUAGAAGAAGAUCAGGUAAAGAUAUCACUAGGUCAGGAAGAAUCAGUGGUCAGCAUACUGUUUGAAGAGUCAUUCUACAACAACAAUGAGGAAAACUACCAAGUUCUCUGUACUGAAUAUUUCAUAAACAAACCAUCUGGGAAUCGAAAAAAGGAGGAGACUGUAAAGGAGGCCAUCCCAAAAGAUUUUGAGGAAUGUAAAGCUUACCUGUUUGGUCACCAUGGAGGGAAGAGACUUCAAGAAUCAUUGGAAAAGCAGUUGGAAUCCUUUUCAAAGCAGUACAGAAAUUUGGCAGCUGAAAAAUUCAUAGUCAUUGUGAAUUAUGAAAGUUUUGAGGAUAGGCAGGACAUGGAUCAUGUGACUGAAAUACAGGAAGUCGCAAGUACCCAGUUUACCAAAGCAAUGCAGACAGUUUUGAAGGAUUCAUCAAUUCGUAGACGAGUGCAUGAGAACAAAAGAGAAAUGGACAUGUUGAAGUCAGCAGUGGAGAUAUACAUGAUGGUGAUUGUUCACCGGGGACUUUUCCAAGCUGUACAGACUAAUUUGGCAGCUGAGGAUGCUGAAGUAAAUAAGUGUGCUCGAAGUCUGUCUAACAUCAAACUAGACGAUCUGGGGGUUCGUCAAGAGUUUAUGGCCAACAUCAGACUAGCCAGGAAGGAAUUACAGGCCAUCAACAAGUUCUGCACACCUCUGGGUAGACUUCUGUGUCUGAAGAGGGUUGUCUCUCACCUCAGUACACCUACUAAAGAUACAAAUAAGAAAGAUGCCCCAUUGAUGCUGACAACUGAUGAGUUUCUACCUAUAAUGAUAUACCUCAUUAUCAAAUCAGAAAUUCCAAACUGGAUGGCAAAUCUACAGUAUAUGAAGGAAUUUCACUUUUCAAGAGCUUACAACUUUGAUGAAUUCAUGUUUUACUUGACAACUGUUGAAGCUGCUGUUGAACACAUCAAAAGUGGUUCCCUGCAGAAAGAGGCUAUCAAAUCUUAUUCCCUCAAGGACAAGCAGGUGAAUCGUCAGGCUUCAGGCACCUCUAAAAGUGUGGAUAGAUUCUUCAGUUAUGUAGAAGGCGGGGAUGAGGCAGCAGUACGACUGAUGCUGGGAAAACCAGACACACCUGACGAAGAUGUUAUCUUACAGAUGUGUCACCCACUCUGUUCCUGUAACAAGUGUCGCACACUAUUACGGCAAAUCCCAACAGAGAAAACUCUGGUUACAGCAUAUACCAGAGAUGACCAUGGCUACACAGCCCUUCAUAUCGCAGCUUUACAUGGACAGGCCCACCUAGUGGACCUUUUGGUUCAGCAUGGAGCGGUGGUCAAUGCCAGCGAUUACCUCGGUUACACUCCACUUCACUUGGCCUGCCAGAAAGGCUAUCAGAAUGUCCUUCUCUUGCUGAUCCACUUUGGUGCAGACUGUACCCAGUCAGAUGGUGUUGGUAACACCCCUCUACAUCUGUGCGUAGACAGUGGCCAUGAGGAUUGUGUCAAGGCUCUAGUGUUUGCUGACAAAGCCAGGACCCACAUUGAUGUGAAUGCACAGAAUUAUCGGAGAGAUACACCAUUACAUUUAGCAUCAAAAUGGGGAUAUGAAUCAAUCAUUCGAAUACUGUUGGACAACCAUGCAAGGACAGAUAUCAAAAAUAGGAAGAAACAGGCCCCGUGUCACGUAGCACAGAAUGCCCACGUCAAUAGGAUAUUUCACAUGUAUGAAUCGGCUCCCAAAUUGUUGACACAAAAACAGAAGUCACAGUCAUUAACAGAUUAUGAGGUAGUUAAAGUAAAGAAACCCACACAAGACAAUAUACAACAACCCCCAGAGUCUCCAUCUUCACCCCCCAAACUCUUCUCUCCAGAGGUUGCCUCACUUGACCAGGCCAAGAAUCAUAGGAUUGGUUUGCUGUUUAAAGCAAUUGAGCAAGGAGAUGUUCCCUUGGUAAUGUAUUAUAUGAAGUGGGAGAGCAUUGACCCGGAGAUGGAUUCCCAUCCUUCAGACUCCAGGGGUCAGGAACUCUGUCAUCCACUAUGUCAGUGCCCCAAGUGUUCACUUCUUCAACAGAUUUCCCGUAAUUUGUGUGGAGAUAACUCGGAGGUCCACUUGGGUUCAGUUCCUUCUGAAAAUGUCUUAAAUGUGAAUGUCGCAGACAGUAAAUUAUUCAGACCACUUCAUAAAGCAUGCCAAGCACAAAAUAUGGAUCUAGUCAAACUCUUCAUAAACAAAGGUGCUGAUGCCAACGUUCAGACAAAGAAGGGAAUAACACCACUACAUUUGGCUUCCAUUAAUAAAAACACCCAUAUUGUCUUUCAUCUCCUGAAACAUGGCGCCAAGGUGAAUGUCAGGGACAGCUAUGGUGACACCCCUCUACACCUGACAUGUUACAAAGGCUGCAAGGAUACAUUGGAUUGCUUGUUAAUGUAUCAGGCCAAAGUAAACAUCUCUAAUUCAGUUGGCAACACUCCUCUACAUAUAGCUGUGAAGACCGGUAACGAGGCUGUGGUUGCUAAACUUUUGAUGGAGGGAGCAUAUCCCUUAGCCAGAAAUAAAGAAGGCCACACCCCGUUUGAUUAUACAAAGGAUCCUCAAAUCCGUGACUUACUAAAUGCUCAUAUUACGAAGAGGGACUUAAAAGCAACCACCCCCGAGAUAACGAAGGAUUUUAAAGGCCCAGCGGCGGAAACACCGGACAGCAUACGGAGUAUGUUUGCUGCUUUUGAGGAAAGGAGUCGGGAAAAUUUACAGACCCUCACCUCGUCCAUCAAAAAUGUUGACCGACGGGAAAGUUUAAAGCGAACACCACAGGUUAAUGAUAGAAGCAGUCCAGAUCUUCGCCCUCUUCGACAUUCCUUGUCCAUUCAGAAUUUUGAUUUGGGCGGACUUCGACAUGUUGAGUUAUUGGACAAGAGUGAACCCCUGUAUAUCUAUAGAUUAACAAUGAAUAUGGUAUCCAAGAAUUCAGAAAGCAAUGAAACAGAGGUUGCUGCUGAGAAGUUGGAAGUAGAGGAUGACGUGCUUUCUGAGGACAAAGUUAGUGAUAAUGCCCAUGGUGCUGUAUUACACGAUAGACAGAAGAACAAUAUCAUUCAUGAAGAUGCGAAAGCAGUGUCUGAACCCCUCCUAGCCACUAUGUCCGAAAAUAGUGUACAGCUAGAAAGGAACGAAGAGACAGAUUUUGUAACAGACACAGAACCAAUGAAAUAAGAUUGACUUAUAGUAGUAUCAUAUAAAGAAUGAAAUGAUUGGCAAAAAAAUAAAUGCAUUUAUUUAUUACAAUUACUUUAACAAUAAGGUGAGUAAAAUAUAAUUGUCAGUAUUUAUUAUUUUCAUAAUUAUUUAUUAAUACAAUUUUAUAAAAAGUAAUUACAUAUAUAAAAAGAGACUCGGUCUUAAUAUGCAAUAAAAGAAAAUGUUACUGAAAA